CCCACACCUCCCAGCAACUGAACUUGAAAAACACCUGGUUGAAACCACUUCCUAUCUGAGACUAGAGAAGAGACUGCCAGACACGAUUUCCUGACUGAACAAAUCAGCCUAACACUUAUAAAGUACAACUCCUGACUGUCAUAGAGACUGGAAGGACCAGCAAGGAUGACAACCUAAUGGACGGAUCCCUUUGUCUCCCAUCUUCCCAGCACAAUGCUAACAAGAGGCUGACAGGAAACCCCGAAUUUUGCAGAGAAAGAUCUUCUCUUCACUGCCGCUAAGUCUAUCCCAGGUGCCAAGAAGAUGGAGCGAAGCUUGCUGAUGUGGAGGUUCUUCACAUUCAUCGUGGUAACUGACUGCGUGAUAGUCCGUUGUAAUCCCAAGCUACCAUAUGUCAGCCAUGCCACAUACAAAGCCCUCACGUACAAAAUCGGCACCCUGCUCAACUGUGACUGCAAGAAAGGCUUCCGUAGAAUGAGCGACAGGUUACCCUACAUGAAUUGUACAGGAAACUCUGGUCACUCUUCCUGGGAAAACCAAUGUCAGUGUGUAAGCAUUUACCUUGGGAACAAACGAAAACAAGCUACUCCUAAACCUGAUGAACAGAAGGAAGGAAAAAACACAGAAAUGCAAAGCCAAAUGCAGUCCACAGACCAAGUUAACCAAGGUCAUUGCAAGGAGCCUCCACAUUGGGAACACGAAAGUUCAGAGAGAAUUUAUCAUUUCUCGGAGGGGCAGAUCAUUCACUACGAGUGUGCCCAGGGAUUCAGGGCCCUACAAAGAGGUCCUGCCAAGAGCACCUGCAAAAUGAUCUGUGGGGAGGGGAGGUGGACACGGCCCCAGCUCAAGUGCGUAAGGGAAGGUGAUGAAGAGUCUCAAGCAAGCACGGACACUCCUUCUGAGAGUGAAACUUCCUGUCCCUUAAUAACGACAGGUACUACUACAGAUUUUGAAAAACAUAUGGAACAUACGGAAGUGGCUACAACCCCGAAGAUGUUCAUAUUUACCACCGAGUAUCAGAUAGCAGUGGCUGGCUGCAUUCUCCUGCUGAUCAGUAUCCUCCUUCUGAGUGCAUUCACCUGGCAGCGGAGAUGGAAGAAGAAUAGAAGAACAAUCUAGAAAAUCAGAGUGGUAUAGCCCACAGCCAAGAAGAGCCCACAGAAGUCAUGAAGCACAAGCAAAAUCAAAGAAAUUAAACAUUUUCCCAAGCUGCAUCUCCUGUGACCCCUUGGGUUUUAAAAAACUCUGAAGACACAUCACAGAACAACUGGCAGCUGCAACCCCAUCAUGAAGCCAGCUCUGGAGUAUUAAUGAGUGAACUUAACCUGCUUCUAAGUAGCACUUCCAAGAUCAUUGGGGGAACAGAGUGGAACAACCAGAACUCUCACUCUUAUUUUCACAUAUAUGCGAAGCUUGAUAAGCAAGGAACUCUCUCCACACCCUAUAUAGUAUAAAGAAAAUGGCUUAAUGUGAAUUUUAUCCCAACUUCCCAGUUUAGACAUCCCAAGGAAAACUCCAGCCCUAAUUUAAAAGGCACACACAGGCUCUCUAGCAUAUAUAAUAGGACCUUGUCCCUUGAUCCACAAAGAUCCUUUCCCAGACUCCAGUUGACUAGCCCAUUCUCCUGCUCAUAUCUCUUAGUGAAUACCCUCAAAGAACUCUGGACUGGUAACUUGACUGCAUCCUUUUGUUCUUAGGUCAGUCCUCUAAGCUAGCACCCCCUCCACUGAAACUUCGAUUUGGAAUUUCAAAAGAACAGAGGUCAUGGCAGAAUUAUAUUUGGGUAACACCAAAACAAAGCAAUCAAGCCUUGGAAUUGUAGAGCUUCAAUAUUUGAAAGAAUUUUAAUGAAGUUCAUAUCAAGAAAAGAAAGAUAAACUACCAUGUUUUGCCAUCUAUAAUGUGCACUUUUUUGCCCAAAUUUCUGAGGGGAAAAUAAGGAUAUACACUAUACAUGUGUAGUACUAAUUUCAUAUCUAUAGAAACAUUUUUAAUUCUUUUAUUUGUGGUUAUGCAUUAAAAGUAUAACUCUAAAAGCAAUAACAAUAUCCACAUGCAAAAUAAUACCCUGGAAUACCAUAAUAAGUUUUAGAUAUAAAUAAAAAAAUUGAAUUAAAAAGUUAAGACAAAAGAUUUUUUCCCUGACAGUUUGGACCAAAAAAGUGGGUGCACAUUAUGCAUGGCAAAAUAUGGUGGGUCCCAGUUAAUUAUACCUAUUAAAAAGCUUCAAUUAUUCAUUACUAAUAGGUUUCUUUAAGAGUUAGUUUCUUUGGGGUUGCUAUAAAUGACACUCUGAAUUAGUCUUGUAAUAAUUUGAUGUUUAUAGACAGACAUAUGAUGUGCAAAUGUGUACAUUUCCAGAUAAUUGUCAUAGAAACACCAAUAAGAGAUCAAAUACAUUCGAUGUUUAUAGAAAGAAGGAAAGAAUGAAGAGGGAAUUGAGGAGGGGAAAGGAAGAUCAUACUGAUCAGGUGUGACUAUGAGAAAGGACAUACCAGUGGUCCUCAAACUGUUAACAAAUCAGAAUCUCCUGGAGGCCUCAUUAAAACACAGAUGGUUGCCCAAAACAGUGGCUCAGUUGCCUGAGCUUCAUCCCACACUUUAAAAGGUUGCUGGUUCACUCCCUCUCAGGGCACAUGACUAGGAUGCAGGUUCAGUUCCUGGUCAGGGUGCAUAUAAGAGGCAACCUUGUGACAGGAUUGAUGUUUCUAUCCCCUUCUUUUCCCCUUCCUUCCCCUCUUUCUAAAAAUAAAUAAAUAAAUAAAAAUCUGAAAAAAAAAAUACAGAUGACUGGGCCCAUCUCUAGAGUUUCAGAAUCAACAGGUCUGGGCUGGUCCUAAAAAUUUACAUUUCUAACAAAUUCCAGGUGAGGCUGAUGAUUCUGAUCCAUCUACCAUACUUUGAGAACCACUGGGUUAUACUUCUCCAUGCCCACUGAUCCUCAAUGCCUAUUGAAAAAAAAAACAAAAACAGCUCCAGGUGCUGGGAUUUCAGUGAAAUUUCUUGUACAGACUUUUACAUAAGAGCUCAGUGCUAAAAUUGGUUGACUUCAGAUGUCCCACUUGGACAAAAUCACAUGACUAAGGCAAUUAAUGAGAAGUUUAAACCACUAAUCAGCCUUCAUUUCUGGAAGGGCAAGAAAGUGUUAU